GAGCUCGAGCUGGAUACUAUGGCUGCCCAUGCCGAAGCCACCUCUUCCUUCAAGCUGGCUCUCAUCCAACUGGCGGUAGGGUCAGAUAAAGCCACCAAUCUGAGCAGAGCAGCUGAGAAAGUGAGGGAGGCGGCACAGAAUGGGUCGAAGAUCGUAGCCUUGCCCGAAUGUUUCAACAGUCCGUACGGCACGCAGUACUUCAAGGACUAUGCGGAGGAAGUGCCGGCGGAGACUGGGCAGCCUGGGCCUGGGGCUGGAGAGUCCUGCAAAGCUCUCUCUCAGGUCGCCAGAGAAUGCGGUGUCUUCCUAGUCGGAGGGUCUAUCCCAGAGGUGAGAAAAGGCAAGUACUACAACACAUCCAUGAGUUUUGGGCCUGAUGGAGCACUGUUGGGGGUAUUCAGAAAGGUAUUAUUGUGUGCACUUGUCUCAAGUCAUUACAAGAUUGGGCAAGCUCAUGUUUUUCCAGUUAUAUAUUUUUGUCUUAUAUAGACUGGUGUAAGGUUGGAAUUGGUAUCUGCUAUGACCUAAGAUUCCCUGAACUUGGUUCCAUCUAUGGACUCAGAGGGUGCAAGUUGUUGCUAUAUCCUGGAGCCUUCAAUACUGUUACUGGCCCAGUGCACUGGGAGCUGCUCAUUCGUGGACUGUUAGUUACCAAAAGCUGCUAGUUUAUUCACUAUUGUAUGGAAGUUUAUUUCUCCUACAGGGCGGCCAAUAACCAGCUGUUUGUUGCAGGGAUAUCUUCAGCCCAGGAUCUCACUGCCUCUUACCAUGCCUGGGGCCACUCCAUGCUCUGCAAUCCUUGGGGUAAGGUGGUGGUGAGUGCAGAUGAGAAGGAAGGCAUCGUGUAUGGAGAGGUGGACCUGUCAGAGGUGGACAGAGUCCGCAGCCAUAUCCCAGUCACUGCUCAGAAGAGAUGGGACCUCUACUCCAUCACUGACAAGACUAGCACAUAACUAUAAUCUUCUCUAUACACAAUUUCACGAAUACACCUUUUUUGCUAUUUUGGUAAUUCAUGACGUGGGCA